GUGAUUGUCUGUAACAUAUGAGCAGAGGUAAGUCGUAUAUAACGACGAAAAUUACAAAUGCCUUCUGCAAUACAUACUUUACCACCAGAGCUGAUUGAAACGAUCCUCGUGCUACUCGACCCAACCGAAGUCGCAUCCUUCAGUCAGACCUGCCGUGAAUUCAACCUUCUGAUCUAUAACUCACCCGACCAAUCUCUCUGGAGAGCACUUUAUCUCGCUCAGCCAUUAGAUGACCCGAGACAGUGCGUAACACAUCUCGGAGACCCACUGCCAACGGAGUUCGACUGGAGGUACGAGCUACAACGAAUCAUUCGGGCACGCACUAUCGUAGAAGAGCCGUCCAAAUGCAAGCCGUCGGAGCGCGAAGAAGUACUCGGGACGUUAGUUCGACUGGCAACCCGCGUACCACCAACACAUCCAGUAUUGAGGGAACCAAUCUCGGAGAAUCUGCUCUGGAUCGCCGCUAUGCUCCGUCGUGGCACUCUUCUGGACAACCACGGCUGGUCGGACGUCACGCCGAACGAAUCCCAGCUCAUCGCUCGCCUUCACACGUAUCAUGGGCUCACGCCGGCGGAUUUCCUGCUCGAAAAUAGGAUUCGGUCUUUGGCGCACGUCUACGAUCUGAGCAAGUACCGAUACGGCAACGACUUCGGGCCGUGGAUGGCGGACGGGAGCGGAAGGGUGAAUUGGGAGCAUGUGAGGGCGUUGCAUCAUACGGUGUCGCUGCAUAUGGUACCGGUGAAUGAAGGGGACGGAUUCGAGUACGCCAUCUAUCCAUUGAGCUCGACCUUCUGUCAACCACUGUUGGAGAGUGGGUCGACCCUCGGGAAAGGCAGAGAUUGGGCUGGCGUAGAAGGGGUGUGGAAAUGUGGGUUCAGCUUCAUCGAUCACCGUGAGCUACUCAUGUACAAUAACUUCAAUCGCGGUUCAACCCAACCCCUCGACUCAUCUAUAUUCUCCGAUGACGAUUUCCACGAGAUAUUCCGCGAAGUCAGCGUUCAGUUUCACGUCCUAUCUACAGACGAAGAUUUGGAACACCCUGCGCGACCGAAAAUUCACUUCGCAGGGAAAUUAAGUGACGAACAUGUCAUGGUCGGCACCGUCUCCUUGACGGACGACGACCAAAUCAGGUGGCACUUCGUAUCCGAUGAAGAUGGCCAAGCCACCUGGAGCGGCGAAGGCGUCCAGGUCGGUAGCGUCUGUUCGCCUUUCGGUGUGCUUGGCGCCUGGACCACGGCCAACCACGAUCCAUAUGAUCCUGUUGGGCCGCUAUGGUUGCACAAGGUCACGUCUCAGGAAUCCGUUCCGGCUGAUGAGGCGUGAUAUUGACGAUGCACGACUAAUUGUUAUGACAUUCCUCUUGGUCUUGCUCGAGGUUUGCUAUUUGAUAAAGGUCAUAGACGCGCGGAAUCAUGGAAUAACACAAGUCAGACGCUGUACGAUAGAUCAUUUGCAUACUUAUUAUUUGGAUGUCCUCUCAUUGUUUGAUCUCUCCCAAAAAUGUGUUGCCAACAUUAC